UCUUGCAUAUGGAAUCUAUAAGCAAGAUCUUCCUGCCUUGGAAGAGAAACCAAGAAAUGUAGUUUUUGUAGACAUGGGACAUUCUGCUUACCAAGUUUCCAUCUGUGCAUUUAAUAGAGGAAAGCUGAAAGUGUUGGCCACAGCAUUUGACACAACACUGGGAGGCAGAAAAUUUGAUGAGGUGUUAGUAAAUCAUUUCUGUGAAGAAUUUGGGAAGAAGUAUAAGCUUGACAUAAAGUCUAAAAUCCGUGCAUUAUUACGACUGUCUCAAGAGUGUGAGAAACUCAAGAAGUUGAUGAGUGCAAAUGCUUCAGAUCUCCCUUUAAGCAUUGAAUGUUUUAUGAAUGAUGUUGAUGUAUCUGGAACGAUGAAUAGGUAACCAUAUUUUCAUGUUGUGGUAAAC